CUCUCUUUCUAUCCCCCUCCCUUCCUCUCUUCUCUUCUGGCAUCCCCCAUCCCCCAUCGCUUUAUGUGCUUCCAUACAGCCUGAAAAAUCAACCGGAGGAGGAAACCUUCACACUCACGGAGAAUAGACUGACCCUCAGCAACCCAGAAGAUCGCUCUAAACCGGGAUCACAGACUGGAUCAGGGUGACCUAUCUAAACCAUCGCACACUGAUUUGCAUAUCCAUUCUUCCUACCUCCUUCAUUUGCCUUUCCUUCACUGAGAAUGGCAAGCGGGCAUUCCACUGACAAAUUCAGUUUUCUGUACCCAACAGACACCAGUCAGAACGUUAAGAGUAAGAACAGGCUGUCUUCCACCAUGAACCCGGUGUACAGUCCCGUGCAACCGGGAACCCCGUACGGAAACCCCAAGAAUAUGGCAUACACAGGUUAUCCCGGAGGUUAUCCUACGACUGCCCCGACUUACACAGCCAACCUUUAUCAGACAGGUAGCCCAGGAUACCCACCAGUGCUGCUGGUGAAGCAGGCCUGGCCCCAGACGGCAUCUGCUCCGGGGCCCGGAGAAGGCUCCUAUGACCUGGCCGUGGACGCUGGCUCAGAGAGCAGGCAGUACCAGGCCUCAUCUACAGCAUUCAGAUACACUGCAGGAACGCCUUAUAAAGUCCCCCCUACUCAGACCAAUGGAGCCCCUCCUCCCUAUUCCCCGUCCCCUAACCCCUACCAGACGGCCAUGUACCCUAUUAGAAGUGCCUAUCCCCAGCAGAACCUCUAUGCUCAGGGUGCUUAUUACACACAGCCAGUGUACGCCGCCCAGCCCCAUGUAAUCCACCACACCACCGUGGUCCAGCCCAACAGCAUCCCCUCCGCCAUCUACCCCGCUCCUGUACCCGCGCCCCGCUCCAACGGUGUGGCCAUGGGCAUGGUGGCCGGAACAACGAUGGCCAUGUCUGCCGGAACCUUGCUGACCACCCCUCAGCACACUCCGAUCGGAGCACACCCCGUCACCGUGCCAACAUACCGACCCCAAGGAACACCUGGGUACAGCUACGUGCCACCUCACUGGUAGAGCCCACCUGCCAAUCAUAUCUGGAGUCAAACAUUGUAUGCAACUACUCAAGUCUUACAUCGGCGCUCUGUGCUCAACAAGGAGGUGCCACGUCUGUUUGCAAGAACAAAAGAGAAAAAAGUGCAAGGGUCACUUUAUGCAUUCUUACGUGUUUUUGUAAAAGCUGCUUUUUUAUCUUUUUUAUUUAAUUUGAAUUUUUUUUUCUUCUCAUUUUUUUGGGAUGAUGUUCUUGCAUUAGGUUAUUUUAAUUCUUCAUUGUUCCAUAGUUAAUUCUGUAAGAACUCCAGAAUGAUUUCGACCAAUCACGCCUCUUCAAACGAUUUGUCUUUGUGUUCAGUAUAAACGCUGGUGUGUAGGAAUGUACCGACGCAAUAUCAGCACCUCUUCGGAUCAUAAUCAUCCAAUUAUGCUGCCAAAUUUUAUAACCUUUAGAUAUUAGCACAGGGUUCAUGUUUUUUUUGUUUUUUUUUUACUAUUAUUAUUUAUUUACAGCGGCGUUUCAUUUCAGCUUUCCCCAUUCUCCCACAGAACUCUCUGGAAUCGUUAAUUUUUUUUUAAGGAAAUUUGAUUUGAUCUGAUUCAAUUCUCCCUCAUUUCAUUCUAUCAUCGAUAACAAGGGUGUCUUCCAGCUUGUAGCUGUUCAUGUAGAUUUGUAAGGAAUAUAUCAUUAGUAGGGCAGUGCAAACGUGGUUUAACCUUCAUUAGGAUAAAGAGUACAUACAGUAAACUUAGUUAUUCACUAAAUAGAGAACGUUUGAGUGAGCUGGUUACUUUAUUAGCUUAUGUGUCAGGAUAGCGUAAGCUUCUAAACUAUAACGUGUAUAUUCGAUUUAUAUAAACGUGCGCGCAUGGGUGCUCUCGCAAGGAACACGGCGGCACGCGAGCAUGCGUUCACGGCGAAUCCGCGCGCGGAGAAUAUUGAGGGGGGAAAAAAAAACUAUCAGUGGCACUUAGCUGGAGCCUCUGGCUGCGAUGUCAUCCCGGUGGCAUUGAACCUGAUCAAAACAUGUGCCAACUUUGAGGCCAGACAGGACGGACGCUACUCUGACGGAACGAUUAGGAUCGCAUCCAGAAUUCAAAGGGACUUUAUCGCAUCGAAAAUAGCACUGAAAGCAAAAAAAAUGUAAAAAAAAAAAUAAAUAAAUAAAAAAAGGAAGGGAAGGCGUUCCAGCAUUAAUUUCCAAUCAGCUCCGGGUUUAGAGUGGGUCUAACCCCUGGUCCUCUGUGAAUUCUUGGGCCUUUAGGCCUGUAGUUGCACAGAUUUUAGGCGUAGGAACGGAGUUGUUCAAUGCAAUAAUAAGAACGGCCUGCUUGAAUGGCUUUUAAUUGUAAUUUACAGCAUUUUUAGAGAGAGAUGAGAGAAUUUUGAUUUCCUAUCCCAAGGCCUCGCCUGUAUCCAUGAAUAGUGUACUCAGAAGUGACAUAUCAAGUAUUCUAUGAAAUGUUAUCAUACUGAAGCAUUGCACAUUGACAAAUAGACAUAACUUAAUAACCAAUUAUACGGUACACUCUCAUAUUUAAUGAUGUAAUUAAGAAAAUCAAGCAUUUACUCUGCAAACCAUUAGUCUUGGUAAUGUCUCUGGAAGUAAUAUUAUUGUCAGUACAUAACAGUAUCACUCUCUUUUUGUUAUUUGUUUGGCUGAUCAACCACUAUUUCGAUAUAUAGUACACUCAAAAGUGGGAAGAACUGAUUCUCUGAUCUUAUGUGAAAGUAAUAACGUCUAGUAAUGCAUGUGUCAUGCGGGUGAAUGCAGUAUAGUGUAAUCGGAUGGAAACUAUGCCUUUGCAAAGCAUGGUUGCAUCAUGUUGAAUCACAGCUUAUGGAUUGCUUUGAAUAAUACAUUUACUUUACAGUACAUUCCCUUCGACGUUUUAAGUAAAGGGAGAGAGAGUGAGGGCGCAGAGUGUCUGAAUCCCACAAAAAAAAAAAAACCAUAGGAAAAAAAAAGAAAUGUUUCACAUGAGUAAAGUGAAGCCUUUUUUUGUUUGUUUUUGCUUUAUUUUCAGAACAAUUGUCCUGUAGUUUUUAUUAUUAUUAUUGUUUAAUUCACAUUAUUCUCAAUAGUGAUUCUCAUUAGAAUCUCUGCAAUAUUGUAAUUUUUACUUUUUAAAGAUAUUUUUCAGUUAAAAAUCAACAAAGACAGCAAAAUAUCAUGAUUCAUAAAUAAUAUAAAGGAAAUUGUAAUGAAAAUAAUAUAAAAAAAUUCAUAAAAAAUGUAAAAAUAGGCUUCAUUUUCUUUACGCAAAAUACCUAGACAUGUACUUGACGGAUUACGUGAGAAUCAUCUGAAAAUUACUGUAACUUCGUUGCAUUAUAUACUACAGUAUAAUAAUUUGCCUUUAGUCAGAGCGAAUCUCUUGACAAAAGCAAGUAAAGUGAGUCAAGAGGCCUUUGGUAUAUGUAAUAUUUGUGUAAUGAUGCAUUUUUUUAUCGGCAUGAUGUCCUCAUCAGUAAGUAAUGCAAAUUAGUCAAACCAGGCUCAUUGGUUGAUUAUUGGAUGAAUUCACAGCACAUUCUGUUUAUCUGUAGCUGUUUUGAUGACAUAUGAUGUCAUUUCCAUGCCCUCUCUGCCCUACUCUUUCGUUUUUCCAGCUGGUCUUAUACAGUAUUAUAUCAAGCAGUGAACUAUAUUUUCUUUGUCUUUUCAUAAGUUUGCAUCACAAGACUUGAUUGAUGCAACUAAUCGCUGUAGUCGACAUAUUAAACAUUGAUCCGUCAGACCUCUGAACUCUAGGACUAGAGUGACCUUUUACACUGCAAACGAAUAAAGGGUCGAUUCAGAAUGAGAGGACGUUACCAUCCACUCUGACAUGUAAUUUAGGCGCUUUUUACGUAAGUGUUAUUUAAAGUUUUAAUUAAUGAUUGAUGUUCAUUUUUCUUAAAUAGAAGAUCUUUAUAGUUGAUCUGGAGUGGAGUGAUGCAGUCCAUGUGGUUGAGAGGCAUUUCAGAGCACAAGUCUUCAAAGGGUUUCCUCUUCGUCUACAUGCAUUUCCCCAAUCUGGCUUUCUCUUCUUCUUUUUUAUGUUGCAAUGAUAGGAGGGACAGAAUUCAGCAAUCUGUAGCUACACUCUUAAAAUAAAGGAUUUUUAUAGUUUCACGAAGAACAGCCAUGGAAUCUUUCCAUUGUACAAAUGGUUCUUUACAAGUGAAAAUCAUGGUGACAAAUUCUUACUGAACUAUUUGUGAAAUUGGAUAAGAGCAAAGCUGUUGCAUUUUCUGGAAUGUAACACAGGGUCAUGGUGAAUUUAAAGGGGUAGAUCGUCCAUUUUGAUCUUUUAUGUUCCGCUGAAGAAGAAAAAAAGGUCAAAAUGAUAACAGAACUUUUAUUUUUGGGUGAAUUAUUCCUUUAAUCCUGAACAGUUGUAUCAGAAAGUUUUUUUCAGUACACUGUAAAAAAAAUAUUUUCCUGAUUUAUCACAUUUUUUCUUUUGUCAAAUCAACUUAGAUAAUUAAUGUGGUUCAGAUAACAUAAUAUUUUGAGUUUCUGUUGAUUAAAUCAGUCACCUUCAUUGUAUUAACUCAAAUUUUUAAUUUCAAUGAACUCAAUAUUUUAAGGCAACCAGGUAACUUACUUUUUUAAGUUAAACCAACAAUUCUUUUUUACAGUGUACUCCGAUAAUUUCCCGCUCACCACACAUUAUACAUUUUGAUGUAUUUCUCUCAUUUUAAAAUGGAUUGAUCCGUUUUCUGUGUGAAAUCAGGUGGUUUUUUUGGGAAUCAUUCGUAAACUGAGUCAUUUUCACUCGGCGUGAUGUGGACGAGGCUUCGAUUUCCUGUUGUUUUUUUUUCUGUUUCUAACGUAUUGAGAACAUGUGAUGUCGAUAUUGCAAACCCAUGCACUGUUCUGUUCUUUUGUUUCAGGGCAUCGAUCAAAGGAUUGUUUACUAGCGCCCGUGAUGCAUGCAACGGGUUAUUAGCUCUAGUGAAGUCAGUGUCACGUCACCAGUAUGUAAAGGUAUUUCUAAAGUAAUUGUGGCACUGGUUUCACACUCUUGCUGAAAACCUGUGAUAUGUACCAUUGGCUUUGACGCAAACAUACGAGAGGUUGCUAUUUCACGCUACUGUUUAGGAAAACGGCUAUUUAUGUUUGACCCAUAUGGUGAAUAGGACUUUGUUGUUUGCAUUCUAAAUGUAAAGCAAAAAGGGGAAAGUCUUCCAGAAUUGAUCUCCCUUCAGUGAGUGUUAAAGAGUCCUUGCCCCAUAGUAUGCAUUACGCACUACAGCACGGUUCUGGCACCAUCGAGAUCUCAUUCCUUCGAGGUUCCGGCAGGUCCGAACGUGUUUUCGCGAGUGCCGUCCAGACCGUGCUGUACUACCAUUUGAGCAAGGAGACCCGCAUCAGGCUUGUGAAAUGAAGUGUAAAACUGUUUUUAUUAUUUUGGGUUUUUUUAUUGUUUUGUUUUUGUUUUUGAAGAUCAGUUAGUGAUCUCUGUGACAUAAUUAAGCCAAGUUUGUAAUUGUAUAAUAUUUACUGUAAGAUGUAGAACAUUCAAUAACUAUUAAAAUCUUUCCAAAAAUC